CCAAAAAACAAACAUCUACUCGACUGCGUCCGAACGCAUGCACCGAGUCUGCGUCACUCAUGAAACUGUUUUGGGUGGAGCUUUGCGCAAUUCCCAUCACACCAACCAUCAUAUAAAAGUUUCUGUUCCUCGGUCCUUCGUUCCUCCCCCUCGCCUCUCCUUUACGUCUAUAUUCCUCUCCUGCCUCUUUCUUUAGCUUUUUCCACCUUUGCAUUUUGUUUUUCUCUUUAAACCUUCAGGUGGUGUUUGAUUCCUUCCUCCCUUUCAUUUCUUCCGUUUGCACAAACCCCAAAGUUUUUCCCGCGACAGUCACGGACAAAGCAGAAACGAAAGCACAAUUCUCAACCAUUGCAUGCAUACGUGCAUCUCGCUAUGACAUGUGGAUCCUCUUCGUUUCCAUGAGAUGAAGACAGGGUGGGAAAAUUUCUAGGAUUUCUCUCGGCGUGUUCUGUUUGGAUCCUCGGGAUUUGGGAACGAAAAUUCCAUGGGAAACAUCUGGAGUAGCGGUGUGAACGGCCGUCGAAGGCAAGAGAGCCGUCGGAGCCACCAGCCCCCUCCUCCUGUGGUACCACCGCAGCCGGAAAUCCCCGUCAACCGGUACGUAAUCGCCGCCGCCACGCCCUAUCACUCACAAUACCCUAACCCCAACAAUACUCCCCAUCCUUACAACCAGUACCCUGGCUAUUAUGUACCUCCACCGGCUAUGCCGAUGCCUCUACCUGCCUCCUACGACCAUGGGCCUCAUUCUAAUCCCCAUCUUCAAGUAGACCCGGCUCAGGCACACGCCAAUUGGGUCGGCGGGAGGUACCCUUGUGGACCUGUCAUACCUCCUCCGGCGCCCCCUAUCGAGCACCAGAAGGCAGUUACUAUAAGGAACGAUGUUAAUCUCAAGAAAGAGACUUUGAGGAUCGAGCCGGACGAGGAAAACCCUGAGCAUUUCCUCGUAUCCUUCACAUUCGAUGCCACUGUUGCCGGCAGCAUCUUGACUAAUUCCGAGGUGCACGCGCCCUUGGCAAGUGGGAAGAUUAUCUGCAUUAGCAUUAUCUUCUUUGCAAAAGAAAGUGAGGACUGCAACCAGACACCGAUGAAGGAAAACCCAAUUGCACCUGUGACAGUACAUUUCCAACAAGGUCUGGGUCAGAAGUUCAGGCUGCCCUCUGGAACUGGAAUUAACUUCUCAAUAUUUGAGGAGACAGACAUUCUGAAAGUGGGUGACAUGAACAUCUAUGCUUUGGCGGUUAAAGCAGAGGCAACCUCAGUUAACAAGAAUGGUACAGAUGGAAACGCAAUACCUCCAACUACCAACUCCCAGAUAACUCACGCAGUGCUUGAAAAGGAAAAAGGUGAAUACCAGGUGAGGGUGGUGAAGCAGAUCCUUUGGGUCAAUGGAAUGAGGUAUGAGCUGCAGGAGAUAUAUGGGAUUGGGAAUUCUGUUGAGGGUGACUUGGAUGGGAAUGACCCAGGAAAAGAAUGUGUAAUCUGCCUGUCGGAGCUGCGGGACACAACUGUUCUACCCUGCCGCCAUAUGUGUAUGUGCAGUGGAUGUGCAAAGGUUUUGAGGUUGCAGACAAACCGGUGCCCGAUAUGCAGACAACCAGUUGAGAGGCUUUUGGAAAUAAAGGUCAACAAUGGAUUUGAUGAAUGAAAGGUAUUCCGCCACUACAAUGCUGUAUAUAACCUUCUUUUUUUGUCUUCUGCAUAUUUUCUGUGUAAUAACCUGGAAAGAAUGUAUAUUUGAUUAGUUUCUGGUAGUGACAUGCUGGCAUUACAUUUCGUCUGGCUUGGAUUAGUGCUUUGUGGCAAUUCCUUGGGAGGGAUAUAAAAUACAUGUUUGCUGCUCGUGUUCUAUCGAA